CCAGCGAGCGGGAGAGGGAGCCGGGGAGGAAGAGGGAGAGGGCGAGGCGCGCCUGGCGGCCGGGUUGGCUGCGGCCGCCCAGAGUCUCCUGCCAGUCCUCCCACCGACUACACCCCGGGAAGGAGGAGCUUCGGGCGCGCACAAGGCGUCAGAAUCCUCAAUUUCCAACUUAGCAUCUUGGCAGGACCUUUGCGAAGCCAAAAGCAGAGCCCCCCGGUGCAAAGAGCGAGGGGAAAAAAGAGAAAGCAGCAAGGGAGGGGAGGGGAAAAAAAGCCCAGCUGGGGCGAGCGAGGCGCGCAGAGGAGCGGGCGCGGCGGUCGCAGCCAGAGGCGCGCGGGAAGCCAGCGAGGAGGCGCCGCGGGCCGGAGCCCCGGAGCCGGGGCCGGAGGAGCGGCGGCCCAGGCUAGCCAGAGGCCAGGUGCCUGCCGGCUCGCCCUCGCAGGGCGCCGCCCGGCUCGUUGGCGGCCGCAGCGCGGCGCGCCCCAUGCCCGUGUGUGGCCAUGUCCUACCCGCAGGGCUACUUGUACCAGCCGUCCGCCUCGCUGGCGCUCUACUCGUGCCCGGCGUACAGCACCAGCGUCAUUUCAGGGCCCCGCACGGAUGAGCUCGGCCGGUCGUCUUCGGGCUCCGCGUUCUCGCCCUACGCUGGCUCGACUGCCUUCACCGCGCCCUCGCCGGGAUACAACUCGCACCUCCAGUACGGCACCGACCCCGCGGCCGCCGCCGCCGCCGCCUUCUCUUCAUACGUGGGCUCUCCCUACGACCACACACCCGGCAUGGCGGGCUCCUUGGGGUACCACCCCUACGCGGCGCCCCUGGGUUCGUACCCUUACGGGGACCCAGCGUACCGGAAGAAUGCCACUAGGGACGCCACGGCUACCCUCAAGGCCUGGCUCAACGAGCACCGCAAGAACCCCUACCCCACCAAGGGCGAGAAGAUCAUGCUGGCCAUCAUCACCAAGAUGACCCUCACCCAGGUGUCCACCUGGUUCGCCAACGCUCGCCGGCGCCUCAAGAAAGAGAACAAAAUGACGUGGACGCCGCGGAACCGCAGCGAGGACGAGGAAGAGGAGGAGAACAUCGACCUGGAGAAGAACGACGAGGACGAGCCCCAGAAGCCCGAGGACAAGGGCGACCCCGAGGGCCCCGAAGCAGGAGGAGCUGAGCAGAAGGCUUCGGGCUGCGAACGGCUGCAGGGGCCACCUACCCCCGCCGGCAAGGAGACGGAGGGCAGCCUUAGCGACUCGGAUUUUAAGGAGCCGCCCUCAGAGGGCCGCCUUGACGCGCUGCAGGGCCCCUCGCGCACCGGCGGGCCCUCCCCGGCUGGGCCAGCGGCAGCGCGGCUGGCGGAGGACCCGGCCCCUCACUACCCUACGGGCGCUCCGGCAUCCGGCCCGCAUCCAGCCGCGGGAGAGCUGCCCCCCGGGCCCGGUGGGCCCUCGGUUAUCCAUUCACCGCCUCCGCCGCCGCCUCCGGCAGUGCUCGCCAAGCCCAAACUGUGGUCUCUGGCAGAGAUCGCCACAUCCUCGGACAAGGUCAAGGACGGGGGCGGCGGGAGCGAAGGCUCUCCAUGCCCACCGUGCCCCGGGCCCAUAGCCGGGCAAGCCCUAGGAGGCAGCCGUGCGUCGCCGGCCCCGGCGCCAUCGCGCUCGCCCUCGGCGCAGUGUCCUUUUCCGGGCGGGACAGUGCUGUCCCGGCCUCUUUAUUACACCGCGCCCUUCUAUCCUGGCUACACGAACUAUGGCUCCUUCGGACACCUUCAUGGCCACCCGGGGCCUGGGCCAGGCCCCACAACCGGUCCGGGGUCUCAUUUCAAUGGAUUAAACCAGACCGUGUUGAACCGAGCGGACGCUUUGGCUAAAGACCCGAAAGUGUUGCGGAGCCAGUCUCAGCUAGACCUGUGCAAAGACUCUCCCUAUGAAUUGAAGAAAGGUAUGUCCGACAUUUAACGCGGGCUGCGUCGGUCCCGGACUUUUCUAAUUUAUUAAAAACAUGGCCUUGGCAGUUAUUUUUCCAUCACCGAAAGAAAGAGAGAGAGAGAGAGAGAAAAAAACCCUCCUAUUCAAAAGUUUAUAGUUUAUGGAGAUGGAUGACAUAAAAAUGUAAACAUCUCCACACACAAAA